CGCUCUGCCUUGCCGCAGGCCUCCCUCCUCGCUCCGUCUGUGCUAUCGCUGCCUCGCAGCUGUCUCUCCCUAUGCUCUUGUAUUUGAGGUUGAGUCGGCUUGCUACUGAGCCAGUAUGUCUUAGGCGGCAGCUGGUGUGUUUCCGCUGUGGAUCCUAUCACCUUUGUGCCCCUUCGUUGGCAAUUCUCUUCGCUUCGUUCCUCCGUUGGAAAUUGUAGAAGCAAUUUUGGAUACUCAGCUGGAAGGUUCUCUUGGGUUGUUGUUGGUGGUAUUCCCGCACGAGUUCUCUCUUUGUAUAUAUUCUCUGAGCACAGCGGGGUUUUCAACACCAAAUUCAUUAGUAUAUGUUUCUGGAGAAGGAUUACUGAACAUUUUAGUCAAGGAAACCUUAAUCCAGAGAUCGGUUUUUGGAAUUCUACCCAGACAUUUGUCUUUUUGAGUGAGGUGAAGUUGAUCGUUAGAGGGCAGUUGCUCUGCACUCAUUGUUGGAACAUAAAUCUAUCAAUAGAGUCAGAGGAUUUAAUUUGGAUCGUAUUGUCUCUGACGGUGUUAUUUUGAAGUGAGAAUAGGCAUGGAAAGUGUAUGUCUGCGACCACAAGCUUUAAGUGAUUCAAGCCAAUUAGCAUCAUCACGGUAUUUAUCUUUAGACACAUUUUUUUCACAAGUCUAUUCGCCGACCUCAAUACAUUCAAGAAAAGUACCUUGCUUUAGAAGACUUAGAAGUGGCGUUCCGGCCAGCAGCUUCCGUCAUGGACGACACCUUUAUCCGAUUGUUGCUACUGCAAUAUCAUCGGAUUCAUCACAAGGCAAUGAAUUGAAGAAAACUUCCAGGCGGAGAGUGAAGGGGCGUGCCAGAGUGGCAUUAGUGGAGGCUGUGGAACCGGAUGUGAGUGCUGAGGGGUUGCUACAAGACAGUUUGUCUGCAAGGUUAGAACAUGCAUAUAGAAUUCCAUCGCUUGAAAUUUUGAAAAGUGAUUUGGAGGCUAGAUUCGAUUCGGUUUCUAAGGAAGAGGAACUAGAAUCCGACGAUGGAAGCAUUGCGGAUGGCAGUGUAGAGGAGCAAUCUACCCCUGAAGCAGAUUCAGUGAGAAAAUCAGUAAGGAAUGGCCGUUCCAAAGUAGGGGUUAAUACGGAUUCAAACGUUGAAGGUGGUGUUAAAAGCUCUUCAGUUAAAUCGCCAAAAGCAGUGAAGAAACGCUCCAGUCGGAGGCAGAAUGUUGAAGGAAACCGAAUCCUGAAAAUAACUAAGAACUCGGUCACUCGUCAGCCGAGGAAGGUUGCAGUGAGGACUCCAAGUCAUCUUACAGAGACUGGCCAUCAAGUGGCUGAGGAUCAGCAAGUUGCUGCAGAUCGCGGGGGAAAGCGUCGGUUGAGUUUGCGGAGCCGGAUAGCUAUGAAGCAGAACAAGCUGGAAGCUAGCGUUGUCGAGAAGCCAGGUCCAACCGUUGAUAGCUGGAACAUGGAUCCAGAAGAUCAGUUGUUGUGGUCACAGGAGGCUGAAGAACUAAUCAAUAAAUAUACUACAUCAAUGGACCUUGCUGCACCCUUGUGGGAUAAGUUAGACCGGGGCCUGCUGACCGCCGUAGAGGAGAAUCGUCUUGCAGUGUUCAUGAAGCCUAUGAAGAAAUUGGAGAAAUUGCAAAAGGUUUUGAUGAAGCAACUGGGGAGGGAUCCGACUGAUGAGGAGUGGGCUGCUGCUGCGGGAGUGGAUUUGUUAAUAAUGCGUCGUCGACUUGCAUUAGGCCGGGCAGCUCGGACUAAGCUUAUUCAGAGAAAUUUGCGACUAGUGUUGUCGCAAGCGUACAAGUAUCACAAGGACAGCAUGAGCCUGUCUAUUCAAGAUUUAUGUCAGGAAGGGGUGAUAGGUCUUAUGCAAGCUGUAGAUAAGUUUGACCCUGGAAAAGGAUAUCGCUUCUCCACAUAUGGUAUUUACUGGAUUAGGAACUCAAUCUUGCGGGCGCAGACCAAAUCUGGUCACAUGCUUCGUUCUCCUCACAAUGUAUCCACGCAUAGAGUGAAUAUCCAACGCGCCAAAGUUGAGCUUUUUUCCGAGCUGGGAAGGCAACCAACUAAUGACGAGAUCAGGAAACAUCUGGGUAUUACGGCGGAUCGAUUCAGAGACAUUUUAAGGACCAACAUGCGUACCUCAUCAUUGCAUGAACAUGACAGAAUCACUGGUCGAGAAAAAGUGGAAAACCUAGUCAGCGAGGAAGAUGCUCUAGAUACGCUUGCUGGUGGUACUUCGAUGGUUCAAUAUGGAUUAGAUGAUGUGUUGGAUUCCUUGAGACCAAAAGAGAAUCUGGUAUUGAGGCAAAGAUUUGGACUGGACGGCAAGGGACAGCGAUCUCUCUCGGAAGUAGGGCUUAUCUUGAAUCUUUCCAGAGAAAUGGUUCGUCGAUAUGAACUUCGAGGCAUUUUGAAACUUCAGCACCCGACCAGAGUCGAGUAUCUCCGAAAUUACCUGAAUUAAUUCAAUAGUGAUAAUUGAGGAUGUACUCUGAAUGAGUAGCGUGUGUGUGUAGUGUAAAUCAUGACAGGAUGCUUAGCUCUUUGCAGAAUUAGUGAUACAUUUACAUGUACCAUAUACACUGUAGACAACAUUUCAUUCAUGGGCUGUAUUUUCCCAGUGUAUACUAGUAAAAUAGAUUAAACAUUAGUUUUCGCGUAUGCGUAUGUGAAUUGCUUCCUCUUCGGGUUAGAUGAAGCAAUUCACUAAUACUUGAUGAAUUGGUUGAUUGAAAUCUGAAGUGGAAGAGUUUUGUGUGCGAUUCCGUA